AUGUCAGAGCAACAAAUCCAGCCACAACAAGUACCUUCAUUAAAACGAGGCUUGGUAAAACAAAUUUUAUGUGGUGAUGCUGUCGUUCUGCAGGGCCCACCAAUGAAUGGACCUCCGAAGGAGGUAACAGUAUAUUUGAGUAAUGUGAUUGCACCACGGCUGGCUAAAAGACCAACAGAUAAUGAAUCCGGCAAGGAAGAUGAGCCAUUUGCUUGGGAAUCGAGAGAAUUUCUGCGCAAGAAACUUGUUCGGCAAAAUAUUAUUUUCCGAUGCGAUUAUACGGCGACAUCAGGGAGAGACCAUGGCCGGAUAUAUUUUGGUGGAACAAGUCUUGAAAAUUCGGAAAAUGUAACAGAAGCAUGCGUGUCUGAGGGUUGGGUUGAAGUGAGAGUAGGACGUGUUACUGACGAAUAUAGCGCCAAGCUGUUGGAGUUACAAGAAGCUGCAAAAGCCGCAAAAAGAGGGAAGUGGGCGAUAGAGGAAGAAGAUGCACAACAGCAUGUGCGACAUGUGAAAUGGGUUAUAGAAAAUCCACGAGCUCUUGUCGAUACAUUCAAGCAACAAAAGAUCAAGGCUAUCGUUGAGCAAGUGCGAGAUGGUUCAACUAUCCGUGCUUUUCUGUUGCCUGAUUUCUAUUAUAUAACACUUAUGCUCUCAGGUAUUAAAGCGCCGGCUAUACGUGCUGGAGCGGAUGGCCGAGCGGAAGACUAUGCUGAAGAGGCACGUUAUUUUGUUGAGUGUCGUUUACUACAAAGAGAUGUUGAAAUUAUUCUGGAAAGUACUUCAAAUCAGAAUUUUGUUGGUUCUGUUAUACAUCCCAAAGGAAACAUUGCUGAGCUAUUACUUAAGGAAGGUUUUGCAAAAUGUGUCGAUUGGUCGAUUGCUUUGGCCGCAUCAGGGCCAGAAGUGCUGCGUGCUGCAGAAAAAAUAGCGAAAGAGAAAAGGCUUCGUUUUUGGCGUACUUAUCAACCGUCCAAUCAGUUAAGCGUUGAUAAGAAAUCGUUCACCGCAAAAGUGGUUGAAAUUGUGAUGGGUGACGCACUCAUUGUACAGAAAGAAAACGGUGAUGAAAUCAAAAUUUGGCUGUCGUCCGUAAGACCUCCAAGGGAGGAAAAUCGAGAUAUAGAAAACAAAGUUGGUCGACAAUUUCGGCCACUAUACGAUAUCCCUUACUUGUUUGAAGCUCGUGAAUUUCUACGCAAACGAUUAGUGGGCAAAAAAGUUCAGAUUAUUGUUGACUAUAUACAAGCAAAAACAGAGCAGUUUCCAGAGAAAAUCUGCUGCACCGUUAUGUCAGGAGGAUUAAAUGUUGCUGAAACGCUUGUUUCAAAAGGCCUGGCGAAGGUAGUACGAUACAGGGGUGAUGAUGACAAUAGAUCUUCCCAAUACGAUGCUUUAUUAGCAGCUGAAGCAAAAGCAGAAAAGAGCAAAAAGGGUCUAUUUGCUGACAGAGUGUUGGGUGAUAAAGGUCCAGUUUUAAGGAUUCAGGAAUUGCAAGGGGAUGCGCAACGUUCGAAGCAAUUUUUACCUUAUUUGCAAAGAUCUGGUCGAUCUGAGGGUAUUGUAGAAUUUAUUGCAUCUGGCAGUCGGGUACGCCUAUAUGUGCCUAAAGAAACGUGCCUUAUAACUUUUUUAUUUUCUGGUAUUGAUUGCCCCCGUGGUGCUCGUAUUGGUCCAGGUGGUAAAUUGAUCGGUGAAAAUGAACCGUAUGCUGAAGAAGCUGCUAAGUUUACGCGUUCAAAAAUUAUGCAGCGUGAGGUAGAGGUAGAAGUGGAAGGUAUGGACAAGUCAGGAAGUUUCAUUGGCUACAUGUUUGUACAAACUGAACAAGGUCUUUGUAACAUGAGUGCAGCAUUAGUGGAAAAUGGUCUAGCAAGUGUACAUUUUACAGCUGAAAAAGGUGCAUAUUACUCUCAACUUAGUGUUGCGGAGGAAAAAGCUAAGAAGGCAAAAUUAGGAAUAUGGGCAAAAUGGGUUGAUGAAGAAGCCAUUUUGCAAGCUGAAAUUGCUUUAGCGGCUGAAAAAACCGAGCGUACGAUGAAUUAUCGAAAGGUGAUUGUUACUGAUGUGCAGAGAGGGAAUUUCAAAUUUGCUGCUCAAUCAGUGGAUGAUGGUCCAAAACUUGAAAAAAUGAUGAAAGAACUACGGGAGGAUUUGAGGAAAAAGCCACCAGUAGUUGGUGCAUAUGUGCCACGGCGUGGAGAUUUGUGCGUUGCACGGUUUUCAGCUGACAAAUUGUGGUAUCGAGCGCGCGUUGAAGGAAUAAAAGGAAAAAAUAUCGAUAUUUUAUAUGUCGACUUCGGAAAUAGAGAAGUGGUUGAUGUGACAUCGAUGGCUACCUUGCCGGCUAGUUAUGCAGCACAGCCAGCAGGUGCACGCGAAUAUCAAAUGGCUUUCUUGCAAAUGCCCAACGAUCCUGAUCAUGCAAAUAACUCGGACAUAGCAUUUGAGCAAAUUCUGUUCUCAGCGCCGUUCAUGUUUAUCAACAUAGAAUAUCGGUAUUCCGGAAUAGAAUACGUCACAGCGAUCAUUGAAACAUCAGAUGGUACUCGUACUGACGUUGCAAAAACGCUUAUUGCUGAAGGACACGCUCUGGCAGAACAAAAACGAGAAAAAAGAUUCGCUUCAUUGAUUGCGGAGUAUCAGGAAACUGAAAAGAUUGCUCGCCGUGAGCAUCGUAACAUUUGGGAAUAUGGUGAUUUUACUGGUAACGAAUUGUAA